ACAAACAUAAGUUGUCGUUAUUUAGUUGAAGUAGGAUCUAUGAAUCCCAGCAAUUUGUGGCACAGUUCAUCAGAUGAAGAGACGAAGUAUCAUCUGGCGGAGUACACAUUGGAAAGGAAAUGGAAUGAGGUUGAGAAGAUGUACAUCGAAUUCCCAGCGUGUCACACGGCAAUGGUUGACGAUUCCGCGGGCACUGCACUGAACGUGGCGGUGGAUUUGGACGAAGAAGAGGUGGUUCAAAAGCUUGUGGAUGCCAUUAUCAUACACAAUACGAUGAAGGCUCUGGAAAUAAGGAACUAUCGAGGGGAUACCGCUCUGCAUGUUGCUGCUUCCAGGGGUUUCACAAAGAUAUGUGAGUUCAUCUUAGGAGAGAAUCGGGAGAGGACUUACUUAGUGAGUCUAAUGAACAAAGAUGGAGAGACUCCUCUCUUUCAAGCUGUUGCCAACGGCAGGACACAGGUCUUUGCCUAUCUCUCUUCCAUUUUAAACCACCAAGCUACUCUGCAAGAUCUUGUUCGAAACAAUGGUGACACUAUCCUUCAUUGUGCUAUCAGGAAUGAAUAUUUCGAUUUGGCAGUCAUAAUAGUGCAUUAUUAUGAUUUCCUUAGCACAACUAUGAAUAAAGAUGGAGAGCUUCCCCUCAUAGUCCUUGCCACUAAGCCUUCCGCCUUCUACAGUUCAACCUAUCUUUCAUUGUUGAAGCGAAUCCAGUACCUGCGUGUACACGUAGAGCUAUUUGAGCCUGGAAGGGAAAUGAGAGCGAUUUUAAGAGAGAAGACACCUCAGAAGCUUCUGAAUGACAAUUGUCCACAGAACUACGCCUUGUUGACUUCAGUCUUUACUGGUUUAUCCCGUUUCUUCGGUUUAUCCGGAAAACUGUUGUGGAAAAGGGUAAGACGUGACCCAGAAGAAAAGAGGUUUGAGUUAGAAUGGAUUAGCCAUAGCAGGGAUGGGGAAGGGCGUUUCCCCAGAAACUAUAAAACUAUUGUUGAGUUUGUCCAAUAUCUAUUUGCUUUUAUUUCGGCAGUUAUUGGAGGGAUAAAUGAACUAAAAGAGACAAAAAAGAGGCACCAAUUGGGUCCAAAACUCUUGGAGCAACUAAUGAAAAGACCUCAUGCGGCAUUCACGGGAAGAGGGUGUGUACCCUCUGAUAUACCAAUUGAAGAAGAUAUGUAUAAUGUUAAUAGCAAGUGGAGGCAAGUGGAACAAACCAGUGAAUUGAGGAUGUCGGAAGAGGAAGAAGAAGAAAAUGAAACAAAAGCUAAGAUGAUUGACGAAAAGGAAACACCAUUUUUGGCAGCAGCAAGAAAUGGAAUAGUUGAAAUGGUGAAUGAAAUUUAUAAUCUACGUCCAAGUGUCCUGCAUGAAACUAACUCGCAGGGAGAGAAUGUAUUGCUGGUUGCUGCGAAGAAUAGGAAACCCGUUGUAAUUGAAAGUCUGAAAGAGAUCUUGAAGAUAGAAGUUUGGAGAACUUUAUGUAUGGCAAUAAAUAAGGAUGGGAAGACCAUGUUACACAUGGCAGGAGAGGUUCCAUCAGAUGAUAUGCAUUCCCAAGUUUCUUAUUCUGCCUUAGAGAUGGUGUGGGACGCAAAAUGGUUUCAGUAUGUUGCAAGCCUUGUACCACCACACUAUUACUUUUUGCGAGACAAAGACCAGAAAAUCCCGUGGGAAAUCUUCAAGAAAACACAUGAUGAUCUUAGGAAGGAGAGUGGGGAGUGGCUGAAGGAGACAUCUGAGUCUUGCUCUGUGGUGACGGCGCUUGUUGCGGGUGCCUCCUUUGCAACUGCCACCACUGUUCCUGGUGGCAUAGAUGACAAUGGUAUGCCUCAUUUUGAAGGCAACCCUUCAUUCGAUGCAUUUGUUUUUGUUUCGCUAUUUGGACUUUGCUUCUCUGUCACUGGACUCAUAAUGUUCCUUACCGUCCUCACUUCUCGAAAGCAACCAAGAGAAUACCGCAAAUCAUUGCCACUCAAACUUGUUUUCGGCUUAAGUUCUCUUUUCUUAUCCAUUAUUGCAUUGCUUACUUCUUUUUGUAUUGGCCAUUCUUUUCUGUUCAAUCACAAAUACAGGAAGGUCAUAUUACCCAUUUAUGUUGCUACUUGUUUUCCUGUUACUUUCUUUGCCCUGGAUCAGGUGCAACUCUACGUCGACCUUCUGGCAGCCAUUUUUUCUACGGUGCCAAACGCAACUGAUGACAGACAAAAUUUAUAGGACAACAUUCUACCAUAUCAGUGUGGUGUUGGAUUCAUGUCUUAUCAUAUCAUCAUAUCAGCUUUGUCAAAUAUUAUUUAUUUCUCGCUUUCAUUCAUGCAAUUUUCAUGUUUAAGCAGAGAGUGUGGUGUUUUGUGCAUUUGUGCAGUAGACAUAUAUUAUUAUUAUUAUUAUUAUCAGCUGCGAAAUACAGCUUUUCUAUUGUAGCCACUUCGUGUUGGAUGGAGACAAAUUUGCGAUUAAGGAGACAAAUUUAUAUAGA